AUGGAGAGGAGUCAGUUGCUCAGACAGGUUGCCCACCAGAGACAGACUCUCUUUGAUGAGGGACUCCUAGACGAACAAUUUGCCCAAUUGGAGGAGCUGCAAGAUCGUACUAAUCCAAAUUUUGUCGAGGAAAUUGUCACAACUUACUACCAGGAUACAUCUAGACUAAUCCUCAACAUAGAGCAGGAAUUGGAGAGGAGGCCACUUGAUUAUGGUAGGCUGGAUGGCUAUAUGUAUCAAUUCAAGGGAAGUAGCACAAGCUUUGGAGCCAAAAAGGUUAAAGCUGAGUGCUCAUUGUUCAGGGAAUAUUGCAGAGCAGGAAAUGGAGAAGGAUGCAUGAGAACUUUCCAACAACUGAAGAGAGAAUAUGCCACACUAAAAAGGAAACUUGAAGCUUACUUUCAGCUAGCAAGACAAGCUAGGCUCACCCAGACAGCAUCUCGACCCGGGUAA